AUGGAAUCCAUAGCAGUUUUUGGGCCAAAACAUGGAUCCCAUGUCUUUUUUCCUUCUCCUAAAAACUUGUUUCCAGUAAACCAACUCUCUUGCUUUCCACUGAUGUCCGUUCCCACUAAGCCUCCAAAGUUUGUUCGUCUGAAGGCAACUACUACCAUGACUAGUGAUGAUCAAGAAAGCAAUCGCACGUUUACGGAACUGCUACCUUCUCCAUGGACUGAUCAGUUCCACUCUGUUUCUGUCGAUGUCUCGGAAAUGGAUGCUCUUAGGAAAGAAAUCGAUGUAAUAAAGCCAAAAGUGAAGAACGCGCUCGUGUCUUCCCAAGGGAUUGACUCGGCGAAGAAGAGAAUCCUCAUGAUAUAUUUGUUGGUUAGCCUUGGCCUUGCACAUCACUUUGAGGACGAGAUAGAUGAAACUCUAAAAGAAAGUUUCGAAAAGAAAGAGGAGAUGAUGGAAGGUGAAAAUGACUUGUACACAGUUUCCAUCAUCUUCUGGGUUUUCAGAAGAUACGGUCACCACAUAUCUUCCGAUGUAUUCAGGAGAUUCACAAAGGACAGCGGAAAUUUCAAAGAAUCUCUUCUCGGAGAUGCCAAGGGUAUGUUGAGCUUGUAUGAGGCUGCUUAUUUGCGGAAGACGAAGGAUUAUAUAAUGGACGAAGCAUUGAUAUUUACAUCGAGACACUUGGAGUCACUGGCUGCUGAUGGAACGUGCCCGCCUCAUCUCUCAGUACGUAUUCGAAAUGCUCUUACUCUACCUCAGCACUGGAAUAUGGAGAUGUUAUUCCCAGUGGAAUAUAUCUCAUUCUUUGAACAAGAAAAAAAUCAUGACGAGAUGCUACUCAAGUUCGCUAAAAUCAGUUUCAAGUUAGUACAGCUCCAAUACCUUAACGAACUCAAAAUCCUUACAGAAUGGUACAAUGAUCUAGAGUUUGAAUCCAAGCUACCACCUUACUUCAGACACAGAAUCGUCGAAAAUCAUUUCUUUGCACAAGCGAUGUGCUUUGAGCCACAACUAUCACGUGCAAGGAUUAUAAUGGUUAAGUACUUCACCAUUUUAGUGAUUCUAGAUGACACAUUUGACAGAUAUGCAUCUCUUCCUGAAGCUGAAGGCCUCGCUAAUAGCUUGGAAAGGUGGGCUCACGAGCAUACCAUGGAUAAACAGCCUGAUUAUUUGAAAUUCGUGUUGAACUUUAUGAUAGAUACUUUCGAAGAGUUUGAAAGAGAACUUGGGCCACAAGGAAGAUCAUACAACGUGAGCGCCUCAAAGGAAGUGUUGAAGACAUAUGUGAAAGCCAACUUUGAUCUCGCAAAGUGGGGCCUAGUUUAUCACGUGCCUAGUUUUGAGGAGUACAUGGAGGUUGGUGAGGUGGAAGUCGCAGUGUAUGCGACUUUGGCAAGUCGAUACAUGUCUAUGGGAAAGAUGGUUGCAAAAGAAGCUUUUGAAUGGCUAAAGUCCAGACCAAAAAUCGUCCAAUCUUUAUGUGUCAAAGGUCGUCUUAUGGAUGAUAUAACUGGUUUCCAGGAUGACAUUAGUAGAGGAUACGUCACCAAUGCUGUCAGCUGUUAUAUGAAGCAAUAUGGAGUUUCCGAAAAUGAAGCUUUUAGGGAGCUUAAUAAAAUGGUUGGAGAGGCUGAUAAGAUAAUAAAUGAAGAGUUCUUGACAAUAACUGGUGUGCGACACUGUGUUCUUAAGGCAGUCAUUGAUCUUGCACGCAUGAUCCACGUCUGCUACAAUGGAUACGAAGGUUACACAGAUCCCCAAGGAAAAAUUAAGGAGUACAUGACUUCUAUGUUCGUGGAUCAGAUCCGUCUUUGA